CAAAAAUUUAGCUCCGUAAAAAAUAUACAUAAAUUAAAAAAUUGUAAAAUAGUAAAUUUGUUUUGGGUGCAAAAAGUAUAGAAUAUAAUAGUGAACUGCAACCUUCGAUAAAUUGAAAGUUUGAAAUAUCCAUUUUUUGCACGAAUUUGUUUCUUGUGAAUACCGAUUCUACCAAUUUUGGACUACUUGGAUUUCUUUUGGAAUAGCAUAAUAUAACAUCAAUCAACAAUAUGUCUGACGCAGUCUGUCACAAGUGCAAUGAAGUCAUCACACAGCGCAUCAUCACAGCCUUAGGCAAAACAUGGCAUCCUGAGCACUUUGCCUGCAAGGAUUGCGACUCUCCAAUUGAGGAGGCUACCUUUAACAUUCAAGAUGGUGAACCUGUGUGCGCGAAAUGUUUCCUAAAGAACUACUCAGGCACUUGUUUUGGAUGUAAACAACCGAUUCUAGAGCGUACAAUUAAGGCACUUGGUCAAACAUGGCACGAAAACUGCUUUGUCUGCGGUGGUCCUUGCAAGAAACCAUUAGUGGGUACAUCAUUUUAUGAACGUGACGGCCAAGCCUAUUGUAAGCCAGACUUUGAGGAACUGUUUGCUGCUAGAUGUGCUGGUUGUAGCAAACCAAUAACAGAAAAUGCGAUUGUGGCUUUGAGUGCUAAGUGGCAUCGCAAUUGUUUUAAGUGCAAGAAGUGUUUAAAUCCCAUCACAGCAAGUACUUUUGCUGUAGAGGAAAAUAAACCGGUUUGUACUGAUUGUUCUGCUUAAACUUAGCACCAAACAGUCAUUAACAAUCAAUGACAACACUAGCACCCGAAGUAGGUCCCUCUUAUAUCGUAAAUAAGCGCCAAUAACACCUGAAAUAAGCCUCUCUUAUAUCGCAAACAAGCGCCUAUAACACCUUUAACAAGAAGUCAACAUAUGUAUGUGUAACGAAGCAAAUAUAGCGAGUAAAAAAAAAAGAUGAGAACUAUUGCUUCCAAAUAAAAACCAACAACAAAAACUCGCGCAAAAUUACCAACAUAAGCAACAUCUAUGGACAAAAACAUUUCACUGAAGGUCCAUUUACUAACAAAAACUAUUAAUGCAAAUAUCAAUUGCACGUCAACCUACCAACAUAACAUCUAUGGAAAACAAACGUCUUAGUGAAGGUCGACAUCUCUAGGAAAACCUUUCAACUACACUAGAAAUUUAAAAAACACAAAAGCA